AUGGCCGGGGCCGCUCGCCCCGCGACCGCGGUUUCGCGGAGGACGCCCGGGCGACGCCUGGCACGGCGCGGGGUCCCGCAGUCCGCGGCGCGAAAGCCGGCGGCGGCGGCGCUGUCGGCGGCGGCCGCGGCCGCACUGCUGGGCGCGGCGGCGGGCGCGCCUCCGCCGCAGGUGCCCAGCCUCUUUCGGCUGGAGAGCAGGUAUCCGCAGGAGAGACGGUUUCUGGUCGCCGAGCACCCUGAGAAGCUCUUCCCUUGGCACGGUGAGACCGCAGGCGUAGACUCGUGGUGGACUAUGAUACCCGGCAGCAGGCCGUAUGUGCGCCUGCGGAAUGCCAAGGACAUGCCGGCUGGAAACGUCUUCCUGACCGCCAGCACAGCGGACUCCGUCGUGACUUCCGACGCCGGCAGCGGGGGCGACGACACGUGGUGGGAGCUUGACCGCGCUCCCCUCGGCAGCCCCUGGUUCCGGCUCGUCAGCAAGGACCGGGAGAAGCUAGGCAAAAGGGUGUUCUUGUGCCUGCGCCUGAACUCGCUUGGCGAGGGGUGGGGCGUCAUCAUGUGGCAUAGCGUCGACGGCGACGCCUGCUGGUGGAGGGCGGCUGAGGUGAACCAGACCGAGGCGUCCAAGGUGGAGGCGGCCGGCCCCGUGGAGUACGUGCUCCCGGAGGAGGAGCGCCGGCUCGGGCCCGACGGCAUCCUCUACACGAAGAGGGAGUUCUUGGAGUAUUUCGGGAGCCUCGAGGUGUGGGACAACACGCCCCCGAUCGAGCACAGGCGCGCGAUGGACGGGAUCUACUACACGAGGCAAGAGUUCCUCGACUUCUUCGGCGACCUGCAGGCCUGGGACGAGGCAGCGCACCUGGUCCGCGGCCGCCGCCACGGCGUGCAGGUGCCGCGGGCCGAGCGCGCCGAGCUCUGA